GCUAGGCUUACUUCUCUUACCUAGUUACCUAAGCUAGGCCUAUCAGACGAAUUGUUAUUGGAGUAAAGGAAGUGUACCUAUGUUUUAAAAUUGGUAAUUUACCAUACUUUUGAUGGUCUAUUCUUAUUUAUCAUGGUGAUAAACAUGGGUGGAGCAAAGGUUGCACAGCAGGCUUUCACACAUCACCAACGAGUUCGACUUUUGUAUAAGACGAUUCUAAAGUUACAUCGAGGGAUGCCCCUUGAACUUCAAGCCCUAGGUGACCAGUAUGCCCGAGAUGAGUUCAAAAGGCAUAAAGAUGCAACUACCGAACAGGCAAAUACCUUUAUGGUGGAAUGGACUAACUACGCUAUCACUCUGGCCAGACAGCUUGGUUUACGUGGGGCUCACACUGCUCGCUCUCUUGGUAUGCAGUUGAAGGAGGGAGACUUAGAUGAUUUUAAUGUUGAGCAGAUAAAUCAGUUGUAUGAGUUAUAUGAAGCAGCAACAGUGAAAGAAACAGAAGGUCAUUACAUGAAAGCAAUCUGAGUCUUGAAAUUUUGGGGUUUUUAAGGUAAAGUGGGGAAAGGAACAAUGGGAAGUCUUACCCAAAAAUAUGUAAAGCCAUUACCUUCGAUAAUUGAAAUUGUAAGAAUUGAGGGAAACAAAUACAAAAUGGAAUAUGGAGUGGCCUUAGGUACCUCUGCUUGUCCUUCUUCCUUCCAUCUUUAGAUUUACAUGUCAUAAUAUCCAACAAAGUGUGGGCCAGUGCUGGGUCAGAAACACAGCCGGCUAGGUCAUCCCAGCAUGAAGCUCUGAAUUCUCACCUCGAAAUACUAUGACUGCCUCUAGUUUUUCUUAAUUCAUCUGUUCCACUAGUACCAAUUAGUCUCUGGUCCUGUCAAAUUGCAUCCAUUUCACAGGCAUAGAAGGUGUAUUUGUCACUGUUGCCAGUAGAAUACUUAGUCACUUCAUUUUAGGUCUGCAGGAGCAUUACUAAUCUCUAAUCAUGUUUAAAGUCUUCUCUGGGGCUUCAUUGAGGCUUCUCCAGCCAUAUCAGAAGAGGAGACGUCCUGGAAGACAAUACAAGAGAGCUAGCACAUGGCACCCUCCUAUCAAACAAAACAUGUGCUUUUCUUAUAAAACCACAACUCUCGUCCAGGCGGUUUUAAGAAAGACUGACAUUCUGAUGUGGGUGCGUGGUCCUUGACCAUUCUUCACCCGAUAUACGCACGCAUUGCCAGAUCUCACAAGAUUCCUUGCUUCCAUCUGCAAUUUAACCGGAUCCAGCUAGAAAUUACCCUAUUGUUAAGGCCUCAGAUUUGUAGCUAUGAAAAAUACUAAUUGUCUUAGAAAAUUUGUCAUGUUAAUUAUCUACUUUCUCCUUUUUGCCAAACCUGCCCCACUGCCUGGUGUAGUUGGAAGUCAAGUUGCUUUCCUUUGAGGUCUCAUGGUCACUUUUGCAUCCAGCAGCUGGUUUCCUGUGAUCUGUAACUGUGGUCGAAGAUGGUAGCGUACUAGAUGGUCUUCUUGACUUAUCAGUGCUGGUGCCAGCUUCAUGAGAUUGAGCAUCCAAAAAGUCACUGAUAGUGUUAAGUAAAGAACAGUAGCAGUAGAAUGUUCUCAGUAGUCUUUCUCUUCUGUUGUGGCUUACCAUCUUAGCCAUGUCAUGGUCACAAUUGUGAAUUGAUUACAAUAACUAAAAAAUGUACUUGUACAUUGCUAAAAACUGCAGAGAAUUGAAGUAGGUCCUUGACUUACAGUGGGGUUCUGUUCCAGCCCCAUGCUGUAAGUUGAUUUCCAGCGUAAGUUGGUGUUUCACCAUUAAUGGUGCACACGGUGCCAUAACUUGAUGUUUGGUGCUGUAACUUGAUGAUGCAACACAGUAAAACACCGUUAAUGGUGCUGAGAAAGCGCUGUAUGAUUGAAUUGGCUGUAAGUCAGUGUCGCUGUAAGUCAGUGACAUACUGUAAUUUGUAGGAUAAAUAAUUUUGCAACUACUGUGCUGAGUAUUAACUGCACCCUGAAGUCUCAACCCAAGAUGGACACUCAUGAAGGAUAAACAUCUGUUGCGGAGAAGAAAUCAUGCAUUCAUCACUUUACUGAGUAAAAAGAAGUGAAUAGGCAUGGGAAAGAAGGAUGAAUUAGACAUUGACUUACGAUGUAAUGAUAAGAAUGCUGAAAAUAGUGUUUCUGCAGUGAGGAAAUAGUUGUGGGGUGCUGGACAGAGCUGACAGGGUUGGAGGCUGAAGAGAAAACUUUCAACAACAUUUGAGGUCACCACAGCUUUAAAGUAUGCCCACUUAGAAUUAGGCUAGUAAUCUGAAAACACAUUAAAGAGUUUGCUUCCUGAAGGCUCACUUUCAUAGCAGAAAAUUUUGACAUAGUAUUUUCGUUAUUAUAAGUUUUUGAUUCCUUGAAUUAAAAGAAACUUUUUUUUCAUUAAAGAGUUUCUUUCUGUUUUUGAAGUAUUGAUUUUCAUUCAUUUAUUAUACUGAAGCAACAAUUGAAAUUAUAGUUUUGAAAUUUGUAGUUUUCUUAUUUAUUAACUUGUAAUGACUGGAACUUGUUUUUGAUGAUAUUUGGUUAUAGAAUACUAUGCAUGUGACUAUAACUUUGUAUACAAUGAAUAGAAAAUUAUUCAGACUACUAUUUUUAUUACUUGUGCAUCAGUGAAUUAAAAACUGAUUCUCUUAUCAAUAAUAAUUUGAAAAGCUCUUUAUAUUUUAACAUCUCUUGUCUGUGCACCAAACACCUAAAAGUUAACAUCAAAGAAACAUCUAGCAAAAACAAUAUUUAAACAGAAUGUAAAAAAAAUUAAUUGAUUUAGUGGCAAGCACAAAACUGGAAAAGCUGGAGACUUGGUUAAUAAACAUAAACAGCUGUGACAGGAAACUUGGAUGUAUCAUACGUUUUUUCUUGAGGCACAACUGUAUCCAAAUGCUCCCCCCCUUUGGGAGCAGACUAACAUUGUACAGUACCAACAUUCUAGAAAAUCUUAGUUAGCUUUCUUUCUCACCUUUUAUGUAUACAGUUAAUACAUAGAUUUCACAAACCUUUUUGUUUAUGUAAAUGUGUCCUUUUCAUUCUUUUAUAAUGAAAUACAGUAGUACCUCGAGAUACGAAAGGCUCAACUUACGAAAAAUCCAAGUUACGAAAGCAAAGACGAAAUAUUUUACUGCUCUAUAUACUAAAGUUUUUGAAGAUACGAAAGGUUUCUGAAAGUCCGAGAAUCGCCCCAUAACAAUUUUGAAACUCGCGCCGCACGCCGCCAUCUUAGUUAUAGUAGACUCACCACCAUCCUCCUGCUCUCCCAUUAGUUCCUGAUGCUAGCCAAGCCAUAAAUCCUUCUCUCUAAUUGGACAGCACCCCUCCCAUCAUGCAUCUUCUAUACAUACGUACUACGUGUUGGCGUGCUUUACCUCGGCCACUUCGCACCCGAAACUUUACCAUAUGCAAUC